ACUCCACAGACAUGUCGCACAAUAGCUGAAGUAAAGCUGUCACCGUCCGCGGCUCAUCCUCCGAGCCUUCACACACACACCGCAGCCGGCUCUCCAUUGCACCGCCUGUCCUCUGUCGCUCCCCUCGCGUCGGACCGUACCUUUUGGAAACGCCUGGAUAUGAAUUAUGAGCAUUUUCCUCACUAAUGAACUCGGCCAGUAAUGCAGGAGACCGCGGCGACUCUCUCAUCACUGUUUCAAGAUGGCAGAUUUUCAUUGAGUUUUGAACAGAAAUCUCGCUUUAUUUUUCUGCCAUGAAUAACAGAAAUCCUUGCACCGAUGGCCCCUGUAUACGAAGGUAUGGCCUCGCAAGUGCAAGUGUUCUCCCCUCACACUCUCCAAUCAAGUGCCUUCUUUAGCGUGAAGAAACUGAAGGUGGAGCAGAGUUGUAACUGGGAUAUGACAGGGUACGGCACACACAGCAAAGUCUACAGCCACAACAGCAGCAAGAACUUGUCGGCAGCCAGUGGCCCCCUUGGCAUCAACAGCUCCCUGCAGGUCGCCAGCUCCACCCUGCCCUACGAGCAGGCACUCAUCUUCCCAGCCAGCGUGGGCCACAUUGUGGUCGCCUCAGCAAGCAGCACUUCGGGGGCCUUGGGGUCUCUGCUGAGCAGCGGGGGUGGAGGUAGCAACAGCAGCAGCAGUGGUGGUGGAGGUGGCGGCGCCGGCAGUGGCGUUGGUGGCGGGGUUGCUUUUCACAACCUGACGCGCCGGAGCACGGUCACCCUUCUUGACACCUACCAGCGAUGCGGGCUUAAACGCAAAAGUGAGGAGCUUGACAACAACAGCAGUGUGCAGAUCAUUGAGGAGCACGGCCCAUCGAUGAUCCAGAACGGAGCAGCCAGUGGAGCCACGGUGGCCACAGUGGCCACCGCCACCUCCACUGCAACGUCCAAGAACAGCGGCUCCAACAGCGAGGGGGACUACCAGCUGGUGCAGCAUGAGGUUCUCUGCUCCAUGACCAACACCUACGAAGUGCUGGAGUUCUUGGGGCGAGGAACCUUUGGACAGGUGGUUAAGUGCUGGAAGAGGGGCACCAACGAGAUUGUGGCGAUCAAGAUCUUGAAAAAUCACCCGUCGUAUGCACGGCAGGGUCAGAUCGAGGUCAGCAUCCUGGCGCGUCUCAGCACGGAGAAUGCGGAUGACUACAACUUUGUUAGGGCCUACGAGUGCUUCCAGCACAAGAACCACACGUGCCUGGUAUUCGAGAUGCUGGAGCAGAACCUGUACGACUUCCUCAAGCAGAACAAGUUCAGCCCUCUGCCGCUCAAAUACAUCAGACCCGUGCUACAGCAGGUGGCCACAGCGCUAAUGAAACUAAAGAGCCUGGGCCUGAUCCACGCUGACCUGAAGCCAGAGAACAUCAUGCUGGUGGACCCGUCUCGACAGCCCUAUCGGGUCAAAGUCAUUGACUUUGGCUCCGCCAGCCAUGUGUCAAAAGCAGUCUGCUCCACUUAUCUACAGUCCAGAUACUACAGGGCUCCAGAGAUCAUCCUGGGCCUGCCGUUCUUUGAGGCCAUAGACAUGUGGUCCCUGGGCUGUGUGAUAGCGGAGCUCUUCCUGGGAUGGCCCCUCUACCCCGGAGCCUCAGAGUACGAUCAGAUCCGAUACAUCUCACAGACACAGGGUCUGCCUGCGGAGUAUCUGUUGAGUGCGGGGACAAAGACCACCAGGUUCUUCAACAGAGACCCCGACUCCACCUAUCCUCUCUGGAGACUUAAGAUUCAAGAGGACCACGAGGGUGAAACGGGGAUCAAGUCCAAGGAGGCUCGCAAGUACAUCUUCAACUGCUUGGAUGAUAUGGCGCAGGUGAACAUGACGUCGGACCUUGAGGGGAGCGAAAUGCUGGCGGAGAAGGCCGACAGGAGGGAGUUCAUCGACUUGUUAACCAAGAUGCUGACCAUCGACGCGGACAAGAGGAUCACUCCUAUCGAAACGCUCAACCACCCCUUUGUCACCAUGACGCACCUCCUCGAUUUCCCCCACAGCACACAUGUGAAGUCGUGCUUCCAAAACAUGGAGAUCUGUAAGCGUCGCGUCAACAUGUACGACCCGGUCAACCAGAGCAAGACGCCCUUUAUCACCCACCUGGCCCCCAGCACCUCCACCAACCUCACCAUGACCUUCAACAACCAGCUGAACACUGUGCACAGCCAGGCCACCAACCUGGUUCCCUCCUCCACCAACAAUGCCACCCUUUCCUUUGCAAGUCCUGAUGUCUCCAUACUAAACUACCAAUCUGCACUCUACCAGCCCUCCGCUGCCUCCAUGGCGGCCGUGGCCCAGAGGAGCAUGCCCCUGCAGCCGGGGGGGCCUCAGCUCUGCACCGCCCGGCCCGACCCCUUCCAGCAGGCGCUCAUCGUCUGCCCACCUGGCUUCCAAGGGCUGCAGGCGUCCCCUUCCAAGCACACCAGUUACUCUGUGCGGAUGGAGAAUGCUGUUCCCAUAGUGACGCAGGCCCCUGGUGCCCAGCCUCUGCAGAUCCAACCUGGCCUGCUGACACAGGCCUGGCCCAGCGGCACCCAGCAGAUCCUGCUCCCCCCAGCCUGGCAGCAGCUCACCCACACCUCAGUCCAGCAUGCCACUGUCAUCCCCGACUCCAUGGGCAGCGCACAGCCUCUCGCCAACUGGAGGAAUCCCCAUCCUCAUGGCGGCCAUUAUAAUCCCAUCAUGCAGCAGCCAGCGUUGUUGGCCGGCCACGUCACGCUCCCAUCCAACCAGACGCUCAAUGUGGGAGUGGCACACGUUAUGAGGCAGCCCUCAACCAAUAACAACUCCUCUUCCAAAAAGAACAAACAGCACCAGAUGUCUGCCAGGAACAUGUCGGCCUACGAGGUGUCGUCCUCUCAGGCGGUGCUGUCCCCGCAGCGCUCCAAGCGGGUGAAGGAGAACACGCCUCCACGCUGCGCUGUGCUACAGAACGGCUCGGCCUCCAACUGCCCGCCCCCGCAGGGCGGUGGGUGGGGGUCCAACGAAGCAGAGCAGGCUUCCAGCACCACCCGCGACCAUCAGCACCAGCACCAUGUCCCCAGACAGACCAUCAUCAUCCCCGACACGCCCAGCCCUGCAGUCAGCAUCAUCACCAUCAGCAGCGACACAGAUGAGGAAGAUGACCACAAACAAAAGAAAAGUUCAUCUACAAAGCAGCGAAAGAAUGUCAUCAGUUGCGUGACGGUCCACGAUUCGCCCGACUCUGACUGUUCCAGCAACAGCCCGUACACUGUGGAGUCCAGACACCCCAACAACAACAGCUACGACACAAAGAGCACCAUCCUGGACAACUACAACAACGGGAACCCCCGCACCAUCAUCAUUCCUCCUCUCAAGACGCAGAACAGCGAGGUCCCCAAUGAGUGUGAGCGCCUGAUGCCAGAUUUAAUGAACCAUCAGAAUACAGCUUAUAAAUUCAAAUCCUCCAAUGGAGUGCUGUCUGGCAAUCAUCACCUACCAGGGGGCAUACCAGGGGGCGUGGCCUAUCGGCAGCAACGCUCAGGGCCACACCCCCUCCAGCAGCAGCCUCUCAAUCUCAGUCAGGCGCAGCAGCAUAUGGUAGCCGAGCGAAACGGCCAUCGGCGGCAGCAGGCCUACAUCACCCCCACCAUCUCCACCCAGGCCCAGUACUUCCAUCACAACAGCCCCUCCCACGUGGCCAAUGUCCACCCGCACCUGGCUGCCACCCACCUGCCCAACCAGCCCCACCUCUAUGCCUACACCACCCCCGCCACUCUGGGCUCCACCGGCACCGUGGCCCACCUGGUGGCGUCGCAGGGCUCGGUGCGCCACGCGGUCCAGCACGGAAGCUACCCCCCCAGCAUCAUCCACCAGGUCCCGGUCAGCAUGGGCCACCGGGUGCUGCCCUCCCCCACCCUGCACCACAGCCAGUACCAGGCCCAGUUCGCCCACCAGGCCUACAUCAGCGCUUCGCCCGCCUCCACUGUCUACACUGGAUACCCGCUGAGCCCCACCAAGGUCAACCAGUACCCUUACCUCUAGAGAACACACUGACCGACACUGGAGAGCCUGACCCAGCACUGCUGCUGCUGCUGCCCCCCCCCCCCCCCACGAAACCCACCCGCCCUGAGCCCCAUCCUCUCCUCGACCUCAGACAUAAAACAGAGACAGAGGAACAUGCAAUCCUCAUGAAACUGUCACAUAUAACUUGAAGAUAUAACGACAGAGAGAAAAAGAUUCACAGCCUCUCUAGAAGGGAAAGAUGGGGAUGAAUUUCAGAGGGGUCAUUCAUCAAUUUUUGUUCUCCUGAAAGGGCCAGUUUUUGCAUUUAUUUUUCAAUUAUUCGCUUUUUACUUUACUAGUAAUGU